GGGCAGCAGCACGGAUGAAAGAGAAUUAUUUGAUCCGCCGGAUGUGCUUGCAACGAAAGUUAAGGAGCUCGCGCGGCUGCUCAAGACGAGUAGAUACGCCAUGGUGUACACCGGCGCGGGUAUCUCCACGUCAGCAGGCAUUCCGGAUUAUCGGGGGCCGAACGGCGUGUGGACGCUGCGCUCUAAGGGCAUUCAAGUCAAAGAGCCGAACUUUCUUCAGGUGUCGCCGACGCUGAGCCACUUUGCGUUCACGGUGAUGGUGCAGGCGGGCGUCGUGCGACACGUGGUGUCGCAGAACAUCGACGGGCUGCACCGGCGAUCGGGGCUGCGGUCGCAGGAAAUCAGCGAGCUGCACGGCAACUUUUGUCGCGAGGUGUGCGCGCGCUGCGGCGCGGAGUUUUUCCGCGGCGAGGAGGAAGAGGAAGAGGAGGAGGUGGAGGAGGAGGAACAAGAGUCAGAGGAAGACGAAGAAGACGACGAGGAAGAAGAUGAGGAUGAGGAGGACGAUGAGGAGGAGGAGGAGUUGCAGUUCGACCAUCGGACGGGGAGGAUGUGUGAAGUGGACGGGUGUGGAGGGGAGCUAGAGGAUUGCGUCGUGCUGUUCGGAGAGUGCCUUCCCAACGAGGUACUGCUUCCUCCAUUCGCCUUUCCAUCCCUCAAUUCGCUUUCUCCCCUUGCCCCAUCUUUUCCCUUCCCCCUCCCCACACAACUCUCGCCCCUCAUGCCCCGCCCCCCCCGUCCUUCCCGACUCUCCCAACCCCCCCGCUCCCUCCCUUCCUCCCUUUUUUUUUGUCAAAUGUGUCAUUCGCGUAUCACGAUGCCUGGCUCGUCCCUCAUCGUCCGCCGUUUGGCAUGGCUGCAUUUAUCUGGUUCUGAUGUCUCCCUCCAUCCCGACUCGCUUCUCCCCAUUCGCAUCUGCAUAUCCCCCAUUCCAAACUUUCCCCUCUCUCCACCCCCCCUCCCCUUCCUCUCUUCCCCCCCGCACAUCCCCUCUUCCCUCCCUCUCCUCCGCCCGCCCGCGAUCCCCCUCCCCUCCCUACUCCCCGUCCCCAACCGUCCCCUUCUUCCCCCGGGGCUCCGCUUCCAGCCGUUGAAGUCCGCGAAGCGCCACAGCGACCGCGCGGACGUGGCGCUGGUGAUGGGGUCGAGUCUGCGCGUGGGCCCCGCGUGCAACUUCCCCGCCAGCGUGCCGCGCCACGGCGGCAGGCUCGUGAUUAUCAACCUGCAACCCACCCCCAUAGACGCGCGCGCGGAGCUGGUGCGUGCGCGCGGGAGUUUGCGCGGAGAGGGGGGGGAAGUGGGGGGAAAUGUGGGAGAGGAAGUGCGGGGAGGUGGACAGGCUGGUGUGAUGCGAGGGGUGAAAGCGGGUUGGAGUGGGGAUGGUUUGGUGUGUGGUGGUGAAGGGAUUGAGACGGCAAUAUCCAUGCCACGUAGUCACUGUUUCGGGCAGAUUACAAGUGGAUAG